ACCCGACCCGUCUCCCCCCUACACUCUCUCUUAGCUGUCCAAUGCCAUCGAAGAACAAAAUCAGAUAAAUUCUCACAGAGCUUCAACUCAAAUCUCAAUGAGUAAAAUCAGUUUGAUUAUCUUCACUCUAGCUAUCAUAAUCACAUCAUCAUCGCCAUCAUCAUCAACCGUUGAUAGUGAAUCAGACGGUGGAAUCGGGCAAUGGCGAAUUCUCACCAAGCAAAAUUUUUCUUCUCAGAUAAGACUCCACCCUCAUAUCCUACUCGUCAUCUCUGUUCCCUGGUCAGGUGAAUCUCGGUCGCUAAUGAAGGACAUAACGCAUUUGGUUAUUGAUAAGAAAGAAGAAUUCGGAUCUUUAAAGUUGAUGUAUAUGCACAAAAAUAAUGAAAAAAUGUUAGCGGAUGCUAUUGGUGCUGUUGUUACAGAUGAGAUUACUCUCUUAUACUACCAUCAUUCUUUGUAUUAUAAGUAUAAAGGCAAAUAUCGGGCAAGGAAUAUUUUGUCUUCCAUUUUUCCUUAUUUUUCGCUCUUGCCUGAAGAAAUGCCAUUAAAAAGAUUGAGUGGUGAAGGGGAUUUGAAGAUGUUUAUUGAAUCGGCGGAUAAGGCUGUGCUCUUGCUAGAAUUUUGUGGGUGGACAGAGAAAUUGAUUGCUAGAGAGAAGAAUAAUGGUAGCAAAACUGGUUUUGGUGUGCAAGGUUUUGAUGUAGAGAGUAAUGUAAUUUCAACACCCAGAGGGAAGGAAAACCAGAAGUUUCUAAUGUUCUGGUUCCAGGGGACAGAAAAUGGAGAGAUGAAAUGUGGAAUGGAAAAUGGGCUCAGAGGAAUUCCUUGGCUUGGGGAGUUUGCCUCAGUAAAUGAUAGUGCUCCUCUUCAGGAAACUGAUUCCCAGGACAGUGUGGAUCUAAAGCCCAGUGCUGUAUCUUGUUCCCUUGAAGAAUUUCAGAAAUUUGAUUCUUUCUUCUCAAGUUUCAUGACUGAUGUAAGGGAGUUCUUCCUGCCUCCUGAAAAGCAUAGAUUUGGUCUGGUUUCGGAGAAAUCAAUGCUCUCUCCUCUUGGUGUUGGAGAUUCUGGUUCUUGGUCAGUAAUGCUUUAUUAUAAUGGAUGUCCAAGUUGUUCAAGUAUUCUAAAAGAAGGGGAUGACAUGAAGAGAGUUCUACAAAUGGAAAAGUCAAUUGUCACAGAGCUGGAAGGUGAUGGACAAGAUCUUGAUUCCGCAAUACCUUCAAACAAGCCAUCAGUACUCCUGUUUGUGGAUAGAUCAUCUGACUUAUCAGAAACAAGAAGAAAGAGUAAGGAAGGUCUUGAUGUAUUUAGAGAACUAGCGUUGCACUACCAAAUAUCAAAUCAGAUGGGUCAGCAGAGCAACGACAAGUCUGAAGCAUCCUCUGUCCAAGCUUCAACUGAAUACCAAAGUGUAUCUGGACACCCGAAAUUAAAGCUAUCUCCAACAGCUCAAAACAUUAAAUCAAAGGACAAAAUGUCUAUCAUGAUUGUAAAUGAUGGCAAACCUGUCUUGUUAAAUAGUAUGGCUUCAGGUUUGGAAGGCAGUUCCUUGCAUGAAAUCUUGACUUACCUUCUUCAGAAAAAGGAGGAAGCUAAAUUGAGUUCAGUUGCAAAGGAGGCUGGUUUCCAACUUCUUUCUGAUGAUUUUAACAUUAAAGUAACAGAUACAUUACUGUCAGUAGCAGAGGUGGAGUCUGAACACAUACCGUCUGAUGAGAGCCUUGUUAGAACUAGUACUGAUCUGGACAAAGAUUCUGCCUCUAAUAACCGUGAAGGAUCCCAGUCGACUACUUCUCAGGAUGAUGAAGAGAAGUCUACUUAUUCUGAUGCAAGUAGACGCCUACUAUCUAUAGAACCUGCUCAAUACAUGUCAGAUCAUAAACCACCUACUUCAGAAGAUGCAAGGGCAGAAAAAAAGGGUUCUUUCCAGUCAGACAAGUUGGGGGAAGAACAACGCAACUUUCAAAAUUUCAAGGGUUCUUUUUUCUUUUGUGAUGGAAACUAUCGAUUACUAACAGCUUUGACUGGUGAGACCAGGAUUCCAUCCUUGGUAAUAAUUGAUCCACUUUCACAGCAGCAUUAUGUCUUUACUAAACAUACAAAUCUCAGCUACUCUUCACUGGAGGAUUUUCUUCAUGGAUUUCUUAAUGGAAAUCUUGUCCCAUAUCAACGCUCUGAGUCUGAACCUGAAAGCCCGAGAGAAGAAACUCGCCCACCAUUUGUUAAUAUGGACUUCCAUGAGGCAGAUUCCAUCUCUCAAGUUACAGCUCACACUUUCUCAGAACAGGUUCUUGGUUUUAAUCAAUCUGACAAUGACUUUGCUGCGAAUGCAUGGAAUGAGGAUGUGCUGGUCCUUUUUAGCAAUAGUUGGUGUGGAUUUUGUCAGAGAAUGGAAUUAAUUGUUCGUGAAGUGCAUCGAGCCAUUAAAGGAUACAUAAACAUGUUGAAGACUGGAUCUAGGACUGGGGAAACAGUGCUCACUGAUGAUAACCUAAAGAAGCUUCCCAAAAUCUUCUUAAUGGAUUGCACGAUGAACGAUUGCAGUUUGAUUCUAAAAUCAAUGAAUCAGAGGGAAGUUUAUCCUACUCUGUUGUUAUUUCCUGCAGAAAGUAAGAAUACUGUCUGUUAUGAAGGAGACAUGGCUGUAGCUGAUGUUAUUACUUUUUUAGCUGACCGUGGAAGUAAUUCUCGACAUCUCACCAGUGAAAAUGGAAUUCUAUGGACUGUUGCUGAAAAAAAGGGUGCUAAUUCACUGAAGGAUGCUUCGACUGCUGCAGAAGAUAAAUCCCAUGAAGUCCUUUUAAAGGACCUAACUCCAAAGAGAAAUGUGGAAUAUGGUCAGACCAAAUCUCACACAUCCAAAGGCUUGCAUGAUACGGUAUCUCAGGUGGCAGUUGGCUCAAUCCUGGUCGCUACUGAAAAGCUUAACACACAACCAUUUGACAAGUCAAGGAUUCUCAUCGUCAAGUCUGAUCAAAAUACAGGAUUUCAAGGUCUGAUUCACAAUAAGCAUUUGAGAUGGGACACUCUGCAAGAACUGGAAGAAGAGUCAAAACUGCUAAAAGAGGCUCCUCUAUCGUUUGGUGGUCCACUUGUAACUCGCGGAAUGCCUCUUGUUGCUCUGACUCGAAGAGCAGUCGGAGGUCAAUACCCCGAAGUUGCACCGGGUACUUACUUUCUAGGUCAGUCGGCAACACUACAUGAAAUUGAAGAGAUCAGGUCAGGAAAUCAAUGCGUAUCUGACUACUGGUUUUUCUUGGGGUUUUCGAGUUGGGGCUGGGAGCAGCUGUUCGAUGAGAUUGCUCAAGGAGCUUGGAAUUUAAGCGAGCACAAGAAGGAACUCUUAGACUGGCCAUAACUGUUUAUUAAUGUUCAUCAAACUAGAGCGUUUGAAACUUCUCAAACGGGAACAGUAAAGAGCGAUCGAGCACGGUAACUAUAUUAGAAUUAGAAGAGGUGCAUAAAUUUUCUUAGUCUUAGCAUCUAGAGGUAUUAAUGGAUAUAAUUGGUUGGAUUUUGUUAUGUAAUUGUAUUCUAUCCAACUUCUAAUAAUUUACCAAAUAUAAAUCUGAUUUUUUUUAA